CUUCCCAACGGACUUCCUUCCACCAGCCUGAACCUGGAGACGGAAGUGGAGAAACGAUUUUUACGUGAUCCUGCCUGGCUUCCUGUUCAUGACACAGACUUCGCCUUUCAGAAGUUUCUCAAAGUGACGCAGAGGAAAAUUAAYGUGGACGCUCUGCUCUCCUGCUCCUCGUCUGCUCUUCACUCCGGGCUCUCUGUGGUCAGAGAUCCGACCACAGGGAUGCUGCUGGAYUUCACGGAGGUUUUACUGGAAAACACCGACCUGUCAGCGAAAAACUCGCUGUCGCUGCAGCGUCGGCCCGGACCUCCUGCAGAAAGUCUCAGAGGAAGCAACACAAACUACCCCUUCCUCCCCGGCGGGAUGGAGGAACUGACUCUGGACCAGAUUAAAAAGAAGUCAGAGCUGGAAGAGGAAAUAGACUUUGAGAAUGAUUUACUCCAAGUUCCUCCUGGACUCAAAGCUGGGAUGGAUUUUACAAACAAAGAUAAUAUAAAUAAAACAGCAAAGGCAGAGGUGAACCUGAUGUCUCUACUGUCCACGCUGGAGAUUUCUGAUCUGCAGCUUGAUGCAGAGGAGAAGGAGGAAGGAGGCAAACAAACUGAGGAAGCCGUCAAACUUCCCAGGACUAACAGUCUGGAAGAUUUAGACAUCAAGGAUGCUGUGUCCGCCUCGUCCCCAGCAAAAACAGGAAAAGAGGAAAAGCCAAAGGCGAGAGAAAACCCAGAGGAUAAAAAGAAAUGGGCCAUUCCCGUGGACAUAACCUCCCCCUGCGAAGAUUUCUACAAACGCAUCCCUAACCCAGCAUUCAAGUGGCCCUUUGAGCUGGACACCUUCCAGAAGCAGGCGGUGCUGAGGCUGGAGGCCCACGAGUCCGUGUUCGUCGCCGCGCACACCUCGGCUGGCAAAACGGUGGUGGCCGAGUACGCCAUCGCGCUCUCCCAGAAGCACAUGACGAGGACCAUCUACACGUCUCCCAUCAAGGCUCUGUCCAAUCAGAAGUUCAGGGACUUUAAAACCACCUUCGGGGACGUUGGACUCCUGACGGGCGACGUCCAGCUCAGUCCCGAGUCGUCUUGUCUCAUCAUGACCACAGAGAUCCUCCGCUCGAUGCUCUACAACGGCUCGGAGGUCAUCAGGGACUUGGAGUGGGUGAUCUUCGAUGAGGUCCACUACAUCAACGACGCAGACAGGGGGGUUGUUUGGGAGGAGGUGUUGAUCAUGCUUCCCGAUCACGUCAGCAUCAUCCUCCUCAGCGCCACCGUCCCGAACGCGCUGGAGUUCAGCGAGUGGAUCGGCCGAAUCAAAAAGAGGCACAUUUAUGUGAUCAGCACCAUGAAGAGGCCCGUCCCUCUGGAGCAUCACCUGUACACAGGAAACAGCACCAAGACCCAGAAGGAGAUGUUCCUGCUGGUGGACGCCGCAGGAAACUUCCUCACUAAAGGGUACUACGCUGCUGUCGACGCAAAGAAGGAGCGCACCAGCAAGCACGCCCAAUCGUUCGGCGCUAAAAUCACCUCUCAGAACACCUCAGCCAGUCAGGACCGGGCGGUGUGGCUCGCCCUUCUGCACUUCCUGUCUCAACGGCAGCAGACCCCGGUGGUGGCGUUCACGUUCUCCCGGGCCCGGUGCGACGAGAACGCCCGCUCGCUGGACUCCAUGGACCUCACCACCUCUGUGGAGAAGGCGGAGGUCCACUCCUUCUUCCAGAAAAGCCUCAGCCGCCUCCGAGGAGGAGACCGGCAGCUGCCGCAGAUUUUACUCAUGCGGGACCUUUUGAAGCGAGGCAUCGCCGUCCAUCACAGCGGGAUCCUGCCCAUCCUGAAGGAGGUCAUCGAGAUGCUUUUCUCUCGAGGUCUCGUUAAGGUGCUGUUUGCCACAGAAACGUUCGCGAUGGGGGUCAACAUGCCCGCCAGGACCGURGUGUUCGACAACAUCAGGAAACACGACGGGACCGGAUUCAGAAACCUGCUGCCAGGGGAGUACAUCCAGAUGGCGGGCAGAGCGGGCCGCAGAGGCCUGGACGCCACUGGCACCGUCAUCAUUUUGUGUAAAUCGGGCGUUCAUGAGAUGGCAGAUCUUCACGUCAUGAUGACGGUGUCCAGUGAUGCGGUGAACCGCACCUUCACGGCUCUUAUUCUCUGUGAGAAAGGUAACGAGGAGGGCGAAGGAAAGGACAACGCAGCGUUCGUGCACCUCUACAACACGGCUCUGUUCGUCCCUGAAGGUUCCUGCAGCCACACGGUGCAGAAACUAAAGCUUCAAGACAUCUCAGCCAUCACAGUGAAAACACUGAAAGUGAUUCCUGACAGGAUCAUCGAUAACUACAACAAGAGGCAGCAKCCGCGAUUCAGGCACGAUCCUCCCGGCCAGGCCAUUUCCACGGCGACGCAGGAGCUUUUACGAUUGGCUGAGGYGAACCCCGGCGGCAUGGCGACCCUGGACCCGGUGAACGACCUCCAGCUGAAGAGCGUGGACGUGGUGGAGGGGUGCAUGAGGCUCCGAGCGCUGCAGGACAGCCUGAGGGCUUUCAGCUGCAUCCACUCCCCCACGUUCGCAGAGCAGUUUGCUCGUAUUAAAGAGAGGAUGAGCGUUCAGGAGGAGUUGGACCGGCUGCUGUUUCUGAUGUCAGAUCAGUCUCUGACUCUCCUGCCUGAGUAUCACCAGAGGAUCAAGGUCCUCCAGUCGCUCCAGUACGUGGACAGCAGCGGUGCCGUGCAGCUGAAGGGCCGGGUGGCGUGUCAGAUCAGCAGCCACGAGCUUCUGCUGACCGAGCUUCUGUUCGAGAACGUCCUGAGCCCGCUGGCGCCCGAGGAGAGCGCCGCCCUGCUGUCCUGCCUGGUGUUCACGCAGAACACGCAGGUGGAGCCGCACAUCACCAGCACCCUGAAGGAGGGCAUCGAUCAGGUUCUGUCAGUGGCCCGGAGGAUCGGAGAGCUGCAGCGGGAGUGUGGCUUACCCCAAACAGCCGAGGAGUUCGUGGGUCAGCUGAAGUUCGGCCUGACGGAGGUGGUGUACUGCUGGGCCAGAGGCAUGCCGUUUGCUGAGAUCGCCCAGCUCACAGACGUCCAGGAGGGGACGGUGGUCCGCUGCAUCCAGCGGCUGGACGAGGUGCUGAAGGAGGUGCGACAGGCGGCCCGCAUCGUGGGCGACUCCGUCCUGGGAAGCAAGAUGGAGCGAGCCUCUCUGUCCAUCCGCAGAGACAUCGUCUUCACCGCCUCCCUCUACACACACUGAGAGAGGACAUGUAGAGCAUGUUUAGAGCUGGAUGUGCCUGAAAUGAUUAUUACAAAGAAAAAUACAUGUUUACAUCUUGAUUUUAUUAACAGACCAAAGUACAGACUGUGAAAAUAAAAUCACUGUAAUUUAUUGUACAACAAUAAAAUCUGUAUUCCAACUUUAA